AUGCUCCGCUGGUUCGGCCGCCCCCGGCUCUGCCUCAUCCGGGUCCCGCAGCCGCCGGCAGGGCCCCGGGUGCCGAACCGCGCCGUCGCCGGUUCCGCCAGCCACAGCGCGACCGGGCGCACUUCGGUGACGCCACUGCCCCUCUCCUACGUAGUGUUCGACGGGCCUGCGCCACAGCCCCCACUCGUCUUCCUGCACGGCCUGCUGGGCAGCAAGGGCAACUUCCGCGCCAUCGCCCGGGCCCUGGUGCAGCGGAGCGGCCGCAAGGUGCUGACAGUGGACGCGCGGAACCAUGGCGAGAGCCCGCACAGCCCCACCAUGAGCUACGAGGCCAUGAGCCUGGACGUGCAGCGCCUCCUGCGCCGGCUGCACAUCCCCAAGUGCGUCUUGGUUGGCCACAGCAUGGGUGGCAAAACUGCCAUGACACUGGCGCUGCAGUGGCCAGAUCUCGUGGAGCGCCUGGUGUCUGUAGACAUUAGUCCCACAGAGAGCGUGGCUGUGACAGAUUUCCCAGCCUACAUCUCUGCCAUGAGGAGAGUGAGCAUCCCAAAUGGAAUCCCCCGCUCCACAGCACGCCGGCUGGCAGAGGAUCAGCUGCGUCCAGCCAUCCAGGUGUCGGCGGUAAGGCAGUUCCUGCUCACCAACCUGGUGGAGGCCGAGGGCCGUUACAUGUGGCGGGUGAACCUGGAGGCCAUUUCCCACCAUAUGGCCAAUAUCGUGGGCUUCCCUGUGUUCCAUGCCCCUUACCCAGGACCCACGCUCUUCCUAGCAGGAUCUGACUCGCCCUAUGUCAGCUCCGAGGACUACCCAGAGAUCGAGCGGCUCUUUCCCGAGGCAGAGAUCCAGUAUAUCCCAGGUGCUGGCCACUGGGUCCAUGCAGAUAAGUCCCAAGACUUCAUCACAGCCAUCUGCAACUUCCUGCUGCUGCCAUAG